CGAAUAAGUUUCACUCUGAAAGGGAAUACAAUUCACAUUUCAAUAUAUUCAGACACAACGAUGUUUCGACAUUGCAUCACGAAUUUCUCUCUGAUUUUUCGCCGUAAUAUUGCCCUGUCGGCAACAAGGCGCUACAAGGAUCCCAUCUAUGAGAUCUUUUUGGAAAAAGUGAGCGAAUACCACAAGAAGAGUCCCACAGGCAAGCCCCUCGAUGCGGGUCCAGAGUUUGAGCAGGAGCUAAAUGAGACCUUGGAGCGUCUGGCACUGAAAUUCGGUGGCGGUGAUGGCAUAGAUAUGUUGGAGUUUCCCAAAUUCAAGGAGCCUGUGGUUACACUGGAUCCUCUGUCCAUUUUGGUCAAGCCGGAAGAAAAGACAGAAAAGAAUGGAAAUGCAAAGAAGAAACCAAAGGAAAUGAAGGCGGCAGCCAAGGAGAAUGACAAAAAACAGGAAAAGAAGGCCAAAGAUCAGAAGAAGACAAAUGAAACAAAGGCCAAAGCAAAGGACACAAAGCCCAAAGAUGACAAGAAGAAGAAGUAGAGGAAAAUGCGGAUUUUUUUAGUGUUUAAUUUUCGUUUCUGUGUUUUUUAUAUCCAAAUUUCAAUUAAAUCGUUCCACUGUGCCCGCUGCCACACACACGGCAAAGAUA